AUGGCAACAGGCAAAAACAUUGCGACUCAUCAGAAUGUCAGUGGCGAUGGAAAACUGUUUGCACCCAAUAUUCAAAGUGAUCAUAUCUCUGGACCUGUGUCAGUUUCCAUGGACAACAAGACAAUUGUUAACUACUAUGGAGGUGUCCCAGGAAAACCACUAACAGAGGCUGAUUUACAAAAUCUCAAAGAGAUCCACAAAAAUAAAUCAAGAGAGUGGUUUCAGUACAUGGUAGAAUAUGGGAAGAAGGGCGGAAGCUCAGUCCCGCUGUGCCAGCGAUUUGUCAAAGUGAGCAUCGUUGAGGUGGAUAUGAACGAAUCCGAUCGGCCCGAUGAGGCUUCACAGAACUUUAUUGAACUUGAUCGCCUGUUUGAGCCAUCAGCUGACCGGCCCAAAGCCCCCAUGACUGUAGUUACAAGGGGUAUAGCUGGGAUUGGAAAAUCAGUUCUUGUGCAAAAACUCAUCUGCGACUGGGCCACAGGAGCUGCAUUGUGCAAAUAUGAUUUCAUCUUCAGGUUUUCCUUCCGCGAGCUUAGUUUAUUGUCCACAAUGAAAAAAGAAAUCAGUCUACCUGACCUUGUCAAACAGCAUUACCCACAUAUAGAGAACUGUGAAAGUAUUUUGGCAAAUGAAUCAAUCCAGUCCAUGUUUAUUAUUGAUGGCCUAUCGGACGGUGAACUGGAAUUAGACUUUAACAAAUGCAUGGUAUGUCGAGAUGUGAACAUGGCUGUCACACCUGCUACUUUACUCAUUAAUCUCAUCAAAGGGCAACUUGUUCCUUCGGCUACUAUUUGGAUAACAACCCGGGCUGGAAAUGCCAUACCCGAAAGCCUCAUAACCAGGAUGACUGAAAUCAAGGGCUUCCAAGACCCAGAAAAGGAAGCCUACUUCCGUAUGCGAUGCAAAGAUGAUCAACUGGUGGAGCGAAUUAUCCAGGUUGUGAAGAAACAGCGGAGCCUCUUCUUCAUGUGCCUAGUCCCUGCUUUUUGUUGCACUCUGUUUGCUGUUUUGGAAGCUGUGUUGAAAUCCGCAGGAAUGGAUGAGAUACCCCAAACGCUUACAGACGUCUAUUCCCAAUUCCUAGUUUAUCUGAUUAUAUACCAGCAGGGGAAAAACGAACAAGCAAAAGGCAGUGAACGGACUAAAAUUCUGCAGUCAAAGCAAAACUCGGUCUUUGCAUUAGGGAAGCUGGCUUUUGAAAUGAGCUCCAAAGAUGUUACCCAGACAGUCUUAUUUAGUCAAAAGGAUUUGGAAGAUAAUGGAAUUGACAUCGCAUUUGUUUGUGGCGGCCUUUGUAAAGAGAUUGCUGGGGAAAAUGAACAAACCAACUAUUCCUUUGUCCAUUUGGUAGUCCAGGAGUACUUUGCAGCCUUGUAUGUCUUCCUUUCUUAUCACAACCAUAAAAAGAAUGCUUUUGGAAAAAAACUCAAGUUGUAUGAAAAGCUCAGUUACUCCCUGAUAUGCAAAGAGGCCUGUGAGAGUGCAGUUAAGAAAGGAUGUCAAGAAUUUUUUCUCAGGUUCCUUUGUGGACUAGGAACACAAAAAAGUCAGGAGUUUUUAAGAGGGCUUGUGGCAGUCGACGCAGCUAAAGACGACUCACCGAAAAUUGCUAAGUUCUUGAAAAAGACUUUGCAGAGAAACAUUCCUCCUGAGCAAACCAUCAACAUUUUGCAUUGCCUAUAUGAAUUAAAUGACAUCACUGCCUUUGAUGAUAUAAAGGCUGCUUUCAAGACUGGAACCUUUAAAUCUGGUUCUCUGACACCAGCUCAAUGUGCUAAACUGGCUUUUGUGUUGCAGAUGUCAGAAGAGAACUACCAAGAAUUGGAUCUCUCUGUAUAUAAACUGCCAUCUAUUGGCAUACAGAGACUGCUUCUCAUUGCAAAUUAUUUUAGUGGGAUAAAAUUAUCUGGAGCCAAUAUCAAGGAUGCUGGGAUGAAAAUACUCUCUGGUGUGAUGAAAAGGCAGGACUGCAAACUGCAAAGUCUGAAAUUAGAUGGAAAUAAUCUUACUCACAAAAGUUGUGAGCAACUUGUUGAAGUCUUAACAACUAACCACAGCAUAACAUUUUUGGACUUGAGUGAUAAUAAUAUACAGGACAAGGGUGUUAGCUUGUUAUGUGAUGCUCUAACAAAAGAGAAUUGUACGCUGCAAAUCCUGAGGGUCUGUAAUAAUAAAUUAACUGCCAGUUGCUCUGAACAGCUCGCCUCUAUGCUUAAUACGAACAAGACCCUGACUGAGCUGGAUAUAAGUUUCAACAGAAUAGGUGAGGAGGGACUGAAACGACUAUGUGAGGCACUGAAGAAUGAAGAGUGUAAAUUGGAAAAGCUUGGGUUGAAUUCUAUAUUUGCGUUUGAGUUUGGAAUCAUGGGAACUUAUGAGGAUGCUCCUGGAGCUGAAAAUCUUUAUGACCUGCUGCAAGACAAAAAUUGCACAUUGCAAAGUUUGGGGUUGGCGAAGAAUUCAUACACAGUAGAAAGUUGCAAGCAGCUCAUCUCAGCCCUGAAAGAAAACCAGAGCCUGAAAGAGCUGGACCUCAGCUCCAACAGCUUGCAGAAUGAAGGAAUGACUGCAUUGUGCGAGAUUCUGAGUGGACCGGGCUGCAAACUUCAUUCACUGAAGGUGGUGUGCACCAAAUUAACAAGUGAUUGUUGUGCGGAACUUUCAUCUGUGUUCAAAACCAACCAGACAUUGAUGGAACUGGACCUGAGCAUGAAUGAACUGGGAGAUAAUGGACUGAUUAGUCUUUUCAAUAAUCUUGCAGGCUGUAAAUUGCAGAAGCUGGGGCUAUCAAAAGUUGGACUCACAGAUGCCUUCACCAAAGUCAAAUCAUUUUCAACACUUCAGUCACUGCUACACCUUGAUUUAAGUUACAAUAAGUUUACAGACAAAUCUAUUCAAUGGUUUCAAGACUUCAUUUCAGAUUGUAAAACUCUUACGACAAUAAGGGUGGAAAAGAAUCGUUUUUCUACAGAUGGUUACAAAAAGCUACAGGAGCUGGAGAAGAAAAGGAACGAUCUCCAUCAACCAAAGGUUAACUUUCAGCUGAAGAACUAUGUUCAGUUUCAGGCACCACAAUCUCGGAAAGAAGCCAAAGUGUCCAAGUUUAAACUUCGCAUCCUGCCUGUGAGAAGACCCCAAGGUCAGAAGACUGCAAAGAGGCUCAAUGUCUCCAAGCUGAAGAGCAGCGUAGUUGCAGAAGAACUUCGUGAAGACCUAGAUAGCAGGCUGCUUGACACACCCAAGGAUGACCACACCAGCAUUGAAGAGCAGUGGACGGCUUUCAGAGAUGCGGUCUACUCUACCGCUCUCGAACACCUCGGACCAGCAAUCCGUAGACAUCAAGACUGGUUCGAUGAGAACGACGAGGAGAUACAGGCACUGUUGUCAGAGAAACACCAACUGUUCAGAGUGCACCAGAACAAUCCCACAUCACAAGCAAAGAUAGAUGCCUUCGCCAGUGCAAGAUGGAAAGUGCAGAAGAAACUCGAUGAGAUGCAGGAUGUCUGGUUCAGCAAUAAGGCCGAUGAGAUCCAGGGCUACGCAGACAGUCAGACACCAAGCGUUUCUACAAUGCUUUGA